AUGGCCUCACCAAUACCCCAACUGGUGCGGGCAGCUAUUCCCGCAUACGCCUGUCCUGCAGGCACCAAGAUGCACAUCCUCAAUCUGGGCACGCUGAGCGUUGAUGAAGGCUGGCUCCUCAUGGGCGCCAACGGAGGCUCAGCGAGCAACCCUAACCCAACGAACAAACGCCGAGACCUGAUGCUGAUAGCGGCACUAAUCGACCACCCCGAAAUGGGACUCCUACUGUUCGAAUGCGGAAGUGCGCAGGAUGUACAUGCGCAAUGGGGUGACGAAGCCGUCGACGUCUUCCCACGCACAACCUACGAAGAACGCCACCAUUUGCCAGUGGCGAUCCGCAGUGCCGGAUAUGAUAUCAAAGACGUUCGAGCGGUGAUAAUGGGCCACCUGCAUUUAGACCAUGCCGGCGGACUGGAACAUUUUCGCAACACGGGGGUGCCGAUCUACGUGCACGAAGAGGAAUUCAAGCACGCGUGUUGGGCAGCCGCUACCAAGUCAGAGGGUGGACUUUAUCUCGCGGACUACCUCUCCCUGGACAACACGCUCAACUGGCAAACCUUCAAUGACACCCAACUCGACCUCUGCACCGGAAUCACCCUCUACCAUUGCCCAGGCCACACUCCGGGGCUAUGCAUAAUGCAAGUCAAUCUUCUCCACGACGGGACGUUCAUCUGGACCACGGAUCAGUACCACGUUCGCGAAAACUUCGAGUCGAAUUGGGCACAUGGGUGGUUGGCUAGGGAUUAUCGGAGCUGGGUUGAUAGUGGGAAGCUCAUUAGGCGGCUGCAGAGAGUCUUCGGGGCGAGGUUGGUUUUCGGACAUGAUUUUGAGGUUGCGGAGGGGUUGAUUAGGGAGAAGGGGUUUUACGAGUAG